CUUCCUGUACUCCUCUUCACAAAUGCAGAAGCCAUGGAAGCUCAAAUGUCCAGGAGUGCCUCAGAUUCUGGUUUAUGGCUGUGCCAUCCAGUACCCAGGUGUGGAGACAGGUUCUACAACCCCUUGAAGCAGUGUUGUGAGGAUGACAACAUCCUGCCCCUGAACUAGACCCGUCUUUGUGGCCCCAAUUGCAUCUACUGGCCCUGCAUUGAGCUAUGCUGUCCUGAGUCCUUUAGCUCCCAGAAGAAAUUUAUUAUCAAGCUGAAAAUUGAGGGGAAGAGAUCCCAUUGCAGUUCAUCCCCCAUUUCUGGGGACUGUGCUAGGUAA